CAGUCUCUCCUGCUCUUCCUAUCACAAGAUCGCGCUUUGUCUGUUUGGAGAUGUCGAGCGGCCAUCCAAUGAUAUUAGGAAUCAAUAACUAACGCCCAUAUGAAAUGCAACUCACUAUCAAAGAGAGUAAAAACGGGAAACUAUUUAUUGCUCGGGGACCAUCACUAAGGAGUCAUGUGGGUGCAGCUACGGAUGCAUUUGUUUGCAUGAAUAUUUACGACAUUUUAUGCGUAUAAUUUCCACCUGGAUGAAUUCUCUUUUUUCUUCUUCUUCAUUGCAACAAAAGGCCUGCAUUUGCUCAAUUAACAUUAUUCAUCAAGAGACUGCCGAUCUCAAUACAGUUGUCAAAGUUGCUUCUUCGGGGAGUUGAUCUGGCAGGCAAUGAGUUCUUACUUCGUCAAUUCCCUCUUCACUAAAUUUAAAGGAGGCGAUUCUCUGCGCUCCAACUACUAUGACUGCUCAGGAUACGCGCCGGAUCUUGGAGGCAGACCAUCUGUGCUGUACGGUCACAACUCUGGCAAUGCGUUUACGCACGCGGCUCAGUUCCCGGAAUUCUACCACCACGGUACAUCAUCCUUCUCCCACGCGUCUUACCAACAGAACCCGUGCGCGGUAGCUUACCCUGGAGAUGCCACAGGAAACAUCUUGGGCCAGGACAGUUUACAGAGACAGUCGUUCUUCAGCGCACCAGAUGCGGAUUUUACGCAGUUUGGGGAUUGUAAUUUAAAGGUCAGCAGCAUCAGGGAUGAUUUGGAAAGUGCAGAACCGUGCACAGCGCAGCUCUUCCCAUGGAUGAGACCACAAGCUACCGGUCGGAGAAGGGGCAGGCAGACUUACAGCCGCUACCAGACGCUGGAGCUGGAGAAGGAGUUCCUGUUCAAUCCUUACCUGACCCGCAAGCGGCGCAUCGAAGUGUCUCACGCACUGGCCCUCACUGAGAGGCAGGUGAAGAUCUGGUUUCAGAACAGACGUAUGAAGUGGAAAAAAGAACACAACAAAGACAAGUUUCCCUGCAGCAAAGUGGAACAAGAGCAAAUUGAGAGAGAGAGGGGAGAGGGGAGCCAGGUAUCAGAAAAACACACAUCAGGAGAAGAGGACUCGGAGACUUCCAGUAAUUCUAAAUAGUCUGCUGACUAUUAAAACAAGAAACAUCGAUCAACUACAAUUUAAAUAAAAGGUUCAAAGUGUAGAUUUGGACACGCAAAGGCUAUCAAAUACAAAAUCAAUCAUAUAUUCCAUUUACUGCAAACUUGUAUCCAAACGGUGUUUAUUUCCGCUUAUUAUGUUUUGCUGAAUUUUUGUCCUCGAGUAGAUUACUCUUGAGGUUACUGUUGCAGUGAGGGCAUAUGAGGCGAAGGCUAUAUGGUCUGCAUGGGGUCAGUUUCCUAUCCAAAUUAUUGGGAGUCACAAUCCAAGAUAUGUUCUCUUCAGUAACUCUGUUAUAGCCUGUAAGAUGGGAUGAGGAAUCAGCAUUAGUGGGUGCUUUACUGUAUCUCUUACUGUAAGGAAAUGCACUUUUGUGAGAAAUUACUGUUCAGAAAUUAUUAUUCAGGUUUACAGAUCUUCAACCGAACUACCUAAUAUAUGGGUCAUUGCGUCAAUCAUUUUGUCAGUGUAUCCAUGCGUUAUGCUUUCCUGAGAGGGAUGGUUCAAACGCACAAUGUUAUUCUUUAAAAAACAUGCUGUGUAAAUAUCUGAUAUUGCAGUUCCGUGAAGCACUGUUCUAUUGUAUUUUCUAUUGUCUUUAAAUGGAAGUGGUUCCUGAAAGAAGCCACAAUAAAAUUUAAGAAAAGAUUCCAUUUGCCUUUGUUCAUUUUCCUUUCACUGGAUUGUCUCUUGUUUCCACAACACAAACACCCAAAUUAUUGUCACACUUUACAACCAAAGUGAACCAAAAUAAAAGCCUCG